GUAUACGUAUUAUGCGUGCAACGAAAUCAAGAAACAGGGGCCUGAAAUCAUGCUUGAUAAGAAUGCAAACAGUUGCGUCUCGUUGUUCGUAACGAACAGAUCGGAACAGAACAGAACAAAACAAAAAAAGCGAAGUGAACAGAAAUAGAAUCGUGCAGUCGAACAACAGUCAGUACAAAAAGACGAGUAUAACAGAGUAGAGCACAUAACACACAACACGAAUUGAAUUUAUGAUCUCGUCGCGACUCGAUUGCAUUCACAAUGCCCGAUAAUAGUAACAAAUUCUGUGAAUCGAAUUCAAAUGAUAUACGCAUCAAAAUACCGGCAUGGAUCAAUAUGGCGUACUUCAAGAAGCUGCUCAAGCGAGAGCUCAGCGAUUUUCGCAAGAUACUGAAUCUCUCCAUAAUACCAGCGACGCCUCCGGGCGAGAGUGACGGCGACUGCUCCACCUCCUCAGCCACUUCCACGUCUCUGUUAAUGCGCAUUAUCAUCGACAUCGAAAUUAAAGAUGGCUUCACACAACAAAAGUCAUACAUUAUGAAGACAAUGGUGGCCAAUGCCGAGGGCAUUGGGUUCAUCAACACCCUCAAUAUCUUCCCCAAGGAGAAACAGAUGUAUGAGCUAAUCAUACCCCAGUUGGAACAGCUCUAUCAUCAGCAUGGCAAAGCGGUGUCAUUCGCACCCAAAUGUCACCUGGCGGAGAAUGUGAAUGGCCGCAUCUCGAUGGUGCUGGAAGAUUUGCGACCUAAAAAGUUUUGCAAUAUCAAUCGACUUAAGGGCUUCCAUCAGAAGCAAAUGCAUCGCGUGCUCCAGAAGUUGGCUGAGUUUCAUGCCGCCAGCGCCGUGUGGUAUCAACACAAUGGUCCCUAUCCGGAGGACUUUCAACGCAUCUAUCUGCCGGCCAACUAUCAGAGAUCCAUGUCGUAUCAGGUGCGAGUGCAGAGCUACAAGAAUGCAAUGGCUACGUGGGGGUUUACGAAUCCCGACCAAUAUGCGAGUCGUAUUCCCACGGCGGAGCGAUUUGUGCAAUCAGCAGCACGUUGCUUUAACUGUGAACCACAAGAAUUUAAAGUACUUAAUCAUGGUGAUCUGUGGUCUGGCAAUAUUCUUUUGAAUACCACCUUAGCCUGUGAUAUCAAGGAUCUACGUUUCGUGGACUUUCAACGCUGUCGCUGGGGCAGUCCCGCUCAGGAUCUUUGGGAACUAAUUAUCUGUUCCGCACAUCACAGUCUGCGAAUCAAACAAUUCGAUUAUUUUGUUCGAAUCUAUCACACACAUCUUGUGCAGUGUCUAAAACUGCUCAAUUACAGCAAACCUCUGCCCCUGCUCAAGGAACUACACAUGAGCAUGAUCAAACAUGGUUUCUGGGGUUAUUAUACGACCUUCACGCAUCUGGUGUUCAUACUUUUGCCAGUCGACAAGGAAAUUAAUCUACCGAAAUUAAUGCUGCCCGGCGAGGAGGGAGAUCGAGUUCGCGCCAAGGCAUAUACGAAUCCUCUUUAUGUUCGGGCAGCCCUUAGUAUAUUACCAUUUCUGCAUAGGCGUGGUCUUCUAGAAUUUUAAAAUGUUGACUUACCUACCACAGUAAGCAAAGUCACUUUGUUUAUCUUGAUGUUUAUCUUUUGUUUAGCUGCGGCAAAGUCGUCAUGCUCUAGUCGUAGAUACUCGACCAAUAGAUAUUCUAUAAGCAUGUUCGGAAUUGAUAAUAUUUGUACUUACAUGUUAACUUCUGCAUACGUACUCACUUUGGUCUGAUUUUAAAUAAAUAUACUCCUAUAAAUAUGAGUAGACUCCAAUAUUGUAGUAAAUAAAUCACACGUAAAUAAAUCGAGGGUAUUUUAUAGUCAUCAUUCGACUAAAUAGUUUUCUAUUAUUAUCAAAAAAAAAAACAAACCUGUCGCAUUUCUCAUUGAAAUCCACUGGCCGUCAGCUGAUAAGCUGGUUACGCUUCACACGCAAAAGCUAUAAACAGAGAGAGCUUUCGUACAAAGCUUAUGCUUGAGCACGUGAGCAACAGUGGUGUCAUUUUUUUCUAAGC